UCUCUCUCUCUCUCUCCAUGCAGGUUGUGAAAAUAAAGGACUGUGAAAUCUACAGCUACAAUCCAGAUUUUGAUGGAGACCACCCAUUUUUGGAGAAAGGAGCAAUAUGGGCGUUCAACUUUUUCUUCUACAAUAGGAAGCUGAAGCGUGUUGUCAGCUUCCGAUGCUGUUGUUUCAGCAAACUCGCUGCGGAGGAGUUUCUAGGUAAUGAUGUGUUGAGAGAGGAAGAGGAAGAGGAAGAGGAAGAGGAAGAUUUGCUGGACGACAUGGAGAUAUGACUGGUGGCAAGCACUGUCGGCAUCGAUGACUUGUAUGAUGUAACAUACGAUAUGUUUAGGUGGUAGGGCAAGCAUGGUGGUUCCAGUUUCACUUUUGUUGUACAUGAUCUGUGUCUACAACAUACAUAUAUCAGGCUGUUUUUCUUCCUGUUACACAUCUCUAUACCAGAAUGUCACGAAAUAGAGAACUGUGGUAGGCUGUAGAAUGUCUUAAUGUUUCUUAAUUCUCCAGAUAGAAAUUGAUAAAAUGAUUUGUAUAUCGGAAGCCCUAGCUGGGACAUUAUGGUUUUGUUGUGGGCAUGCAUGUAGGUGCUUCAAAUAGUUGGGACGCUAAGACUUUGUUGUUGCUAA